GUACGUCAGGCAGGAGGCGGAAGCGCAGCGGGGGCGGGAAGGUUGUAGAACCGCACGUUGGGCUCUGUUUGCAGGUCUCUAAGUGGUCGCGCCCCCUUUGAGAGAGCAAUCCCAAGGCGAGGAGGGUCCUGGGCGCUUUAUUGGCCCUGGUGACUGUAAAGUGCUGACCAGUUGCCACUGAGCAUAGUUGAAACAAAAUAGGAAGAUAUGGCAGCAAACCCUUCAGGACAAGACUACUCAUCUUAGAUUCUAAGUAUACAUUCAUUGCUGUAAUUAUUUGAUCAUCUCUAUCCUCACUGGACUGUUUGAGAACCAUGAGAGCUAGAAUCAUGUCCAGCUUUGGCUCAUCAUUGGUUACAGUAAUCUUACCACUACCAAAACAAAACAAAAUUUCAGGUUUUCAAAACAAAAACAGGGUUGCAAUCUUGGCAGAACUGGACAAAGAGAAAAGAAAAUUACUAAUGCAGAACCAGUCUUCAACUAAUCAUCCUGGAGCAAGCAUUGCACUCUCGAGACCUUCUCUUAAUAAGGACUUCCGGGAUCAUGCUGAGCAGCAGCAUAUUGCAGCCCAACAAAAGGCGGCUUUGCAGCACGCACAUGCACACUCAUCUGGAUACUUCAUAACUCAAGACUCUGCUUUUGGGAAUCUUAUUCUUCCCGUCUUACCUCGCCUUGACCCAGAAUGAAGCAAAGAUUUGUAACAAAAGUGACUGGAAUAUCAGAUGCCAAAGCUACUAUCAUUUAGUGCUUUACAAACUGUGACUUUCAGAAUUUUGGUGAACUUUUAUACUUUCAUUGCUUCUUUAAAAGAAAGGCAUGUGUACAUCAGAGCAGAAAAGGAGGGUCUCCGGGAGGAUGAGAGUUUUGGGAGCUGUAUUAUCUGAGGAACUGAUGAUGCUACUUGUGACUGUUUUGGAACACAGUUUGAUUUUUUGAACCCAAAUCAGAAUUGAAUGGUCACAUAAAUUCACCCCUACCCCCACCUCCCCAACUAGGUGGAUUGAGUAUAUCAUUGUCCACAGUAGACUCUCAUGAACCAUUUAUAGUACUUAACUUUAAAGAAAUGAGGGUGCUUUUAAAAACGUGAACCAAUAGGCUUAAAUAAGUUACAUUCAUAUUUGCUGUUUGUAGAAUUGCUAUCAGUGUACCUUUUGUUUAUAGUCAACUUGUCAUCCUGAAAUACUCUUUAACUCAUAACCAACUCCCUUAUUCUCCAUUUUCAAAGAAAAUCUAAGACUAAGUUACCAGUCUUAAACAUCUUUUAUAAACCUAUGCUACUAUAAAUUAUGUGACUAAAUGCAAUUAAAAACAAU